AUGAAAUCUGAAAAUACCAGAGUUAGAACUGCUCUCAUUACCGGCGCCAACGGAUACGUAGGCAAUGCCGUAGCAAGGGCAUUUGUUCGCGCCGGAUGGAUUACUUACGGCCUCGUCAGAUCCCCCUCGAGCACUCACUCACUGGCGACUGAGGAAAUCCUGCCUGUUGUAGGCAGCAUUGGCGAUGUUAGCGGGCACGGUAAGAUCAAAAGCCAGCUGCCCCCAACCAUCGACGUCGUUAUCUCCACUACGGAAGACCACAACGAUUAUGUUCAACACUACACCGACAUCGUGAGUCUGUUGCGCACCAUUGCAGCAGGCAGCGUGGCCAAUGGGGUUCAGCCACUCGUCAUUUUUACCUCAGGCUGCAAGGAUUAUGGGCUGGGUCCUCACUUCGCCAACGAUCCCUCCCUCAGCCCUCACACUGAAGCAAGCCCUAUCAACCCUCCAGCGUUUGCUGCUCUGCGUGCGGAAUACUCGCAAAAGAUAUUCGAGCACAGCGACCUCUUUUCUCCAGUCUUGGUGAGGCCCACCAACGUCCACGGAAGAUCGUCAAGCUUCUACAGUAUUUUUUUCCGUGUCGCAAGCCGGGCUGCCGCAGACGAUAAGACCCUUGUGGUGCCGACACCGCCAGACAGCAUCGUUCAUUGUAUGCACGUUGACGACUGUGGUGACGCGUAUGUGGCUAUAGCAGCACACCCACGACAGGAGGAAGUCUCAGGACAGGCUUUCAACAUAUCUGCGCGGAGGUAUGAAACGGUAGAUGAGGUAGGCAGGGCGUUGAUCGCAGAGUAUGGGAUCUCGAAGGGGCUUGAAUACAUUGAUAAGAAGGAUCUGGAGCCGGAACAGAGUCCAUGGCCGCCGGGACUCGUAGAUUUCCCACAGUGGACCAGCUCAGAGAAGCUCAGGAGUAUUACCGGCUGGGGGGAUCAUCGUCCUUUAUUCUCGGAGGCCGUCCAUGUUUAUCGGGUGGCGUACGAGGCAGCUCAGUCUGCCGGGCACGAGAAUUUACAAAAGCGACACUUUGGCAACGAGUCGUCCGCCGCACCGCAGGACUUACCUGGUACAAUACCACAGACUCCUCUCAAGUCUGCCAUACUCUGCUUCCGACUGUUUAGCCAGACAUCAGAGAGAGCCAACAAAUGA